AUGUCCCAGUCAGGAUAUGACGUUGGUAAUACAACUAAUGAGUUACCUGAAUUUGCACAAUUAUCUGUCGGCAAAGGAAUAAUUACAAAUCAUAGUUCUACAAAUCAAUCAUCAUGUUAUUAUAUUCCAACAAUCGUUUCACGUAUUAUGCGAAACUUUGGAAAAUAUAUUUUAAUAAGGGGUGGCAUCAGAAUGCAUCCAUCAUUAACCUAUGAUCAUCAUCUCCGCAACACUUUCUAUCCAUGGAGACUUUAUGACGGAUUAUCCAAAUAUGAUCCUACUAGGUCCGUAGCUUUUCUAAAAGAUGCUCUUCCUUUCUUCACUACAAAUGAAAACAUACUGUUUAAACGUGUUAAAUAUGGAAGUGGUGAACGAGUUCAAUAUGGUCCAAGUUAUCUCGGCAAGACUACGCUAGCUGAUUACACGGGUUGGGAUAAUCUAAUUAAACAAGAAAAAGCAACUAUUGAUGAUAAGAAGAUAAUAAGUGCAAUGAGUAAAAAUGAAGGAAAAUUAGAGAGUAUUCAAUCCUACGAUAGUGAAAUAGUAUCCGUUGGUGCAAUGCAAAAAACAAUCAAUAGCAAAGGUACCGGUGAAUUUCCAAAGCAAUUAUGGGAAUUCAAAAAUCAAUAUCCCAAACUAUAUGAAGAUCUCUUCAAAGCACAUGGUUGGACAGUUAAAGAAGAUUCGGGAACCUAUUCAAUGUCUUAUAAUGAAAAAACCGGCAAUGAAUUGAAAGACUCAAUUCGAAAAGAUUUUCAGAAGAAGGUUAAAUCAGCUUCUUCAAAACCAUUAGAAGUACUGGUUAAUGCAGUCAGUAGUAAAGAAUUUCAAGAAAAGCAAGUAAUUGAUUCUGUUAAUCGUUUGCAUCAACAAGUUUUAUCAAUAAAACCAACUGGUUAUGAGUCCUAUACACUCAACGAUUAUUUACAGUCGAAUUUGGGAAGAGGUUUAGCUCUUGAUCAACAUGUUAAUAGACCUGGAUAUGUUAAAAAGGAUUUUGGACAAGCGUUGAAACAUUUGUUUAACAAAUAUAAGAAUCUUUCAAAAAAUCCUGCAGAAUGGGGAUCAAAUCGUGAGAAAUACGAAGCCGAACUUGUCGACUACUACGGACAAAAUCGACGAAUGACUGAUGCUGUCAAAAGAUAUAACGAAUUAAAAAAAGAUUUAUGA